GACAUACUUUCUAUUGCGCAGACGCAGUCGGUGAAUCACAACAGAGCAGUGCACGCUUUUGCCUCUUGUGUUUUCGUUUCUCUUAUCAUCCAACUUCAGUGUUUUAAAAUGCCACCAAAGGGGAAAGGUGGUAAGGGUGGAAAAGGAGCUGCUUCAGGAAGUGCAGACGCUGACAAGAAAGAUAAAGCGCCAAAGGGAGGCACUGCUGUGAAGGUUCGACAUAUCCUCUGUGAAAAACAUGGAAAAUGCAUGGAGGCAAUGGAGAAACUAAAGGCUGGAGUCCGAUUUAGCGAAGUAGCUUCACAGUACAGUGAAGACAAAGCUAGACAAGGAGGAGAUCUGGGGUGGAUGACGCGAGGAUCGAUGGUUGGACCUUUCCAGGAUGCAGCAUUCGCCCUACAGAUCAGUUCCAUGGACAAACCUGUAUACACAGACCCUCCUGUCAAGACAAAGUUUGGGUACCACAUCAUUAUGGUAGAGGGGAAAAAGUGAUGAAAGACAGCUCCACAUUUAAAAUGAAGAGGAUGUUAAAAGUAUGAAGCCGAUUAUUUCCUAAUCUGACUACUUCACUGUGCAUUUGGAUUUUAUUUUGAAACGUUAGAGAACGAUUGAGUCUGUCUGAUUUUUCUUUGGGAACAUGCACACUAAUGUACUUACAAUGCAGCACAAGCUUGUAUUCUGACAAGUAACUUCAGCAUUCAUGAAAUUCACUGGACUAUCUUUUUCAAUAUGAUAAAGUUCAUGAAAAUCGAAUUACAAAUAAAGUACAGUCAAACAAGUUAUUCAAAACA